AUGGCAGACGAGAAAAAUUAUCUGGCUGUCCCAAGACAAGAGCAUCACCGCAACCCAUCGUCACCAACGUCGACGGUUGACGCGGAAUCCGCCAACCCGUUGAAAGGAGAAAACAUUGCUGCGAAGGACAAUGUUGAGCGUGCGGGGCCCAAUACUGCGGCUUCUUGCUGGAGGUAUUUGAACGAGGAUGUAGACACGGCGCAGACGACAAGCCAGUUGGCUUUAUGCUAUUUUAUGACUGGCUAUAUAGGUGUCAUCUCCUUCUCCGCAAUUUUCGUCUGGUGCGGCUUCCAAACGGCCCGGGGUAACUUUGCCCAGCACGGACCUUCGGGGUCCCGAGACACUUCGUUCCACAAAGCCGAUCAACAAGCACUAACCUCGCUAAUCUCCUUCAAUGCCGGCGCGUUCAUAGGCCGCAUUGGUGAUCGUGUGGGUGCCCACAAGCGUAUAUGGCUCAUCGCCGGCACCUUCAUCCAGGCGGUGCUCACCAUGGCUGCUGCUAUUGCUUUUUGGAAGAGCGGCCAACCAAGUAUAUCGAACGCUAGAGACGAUCCGGCUUGGACGAACGUGGCGACGUUCGUUGGUCUCGCGUUCAUGAGUGCUAGUCUUGGUGUUCAAGGUAUUUUGGCGAAAAGACUGAAUACUCAAUUCGGAACUACCAUCGUACUCACAACUGUCUGGGUGGAGCUCGUGUCUGACCCACGCCUCUUCAGCCUCCGGCAACGCGUGAUCUCACGAGAUCACCGAGUCAUUGCCGCCGUCGCUCUAUUCAUUGGAUCCUUCGUCAGCCGCGCCAUACUACAGAAAAUUGGUACCGCCGGGACGCUGGGAGUCGCUGUUGGCAUCAAGAUUUUCAUCGUACCCACCAAGCGCGGCCAGAAGCGUAAUACGCCCGCUGAGUGA